UCCUUCUGACUUUACAUAGACAGGAAAUCCACGCAGCAAUGUAAACCGUUGAAUGCCACUAAAGUCUGUUCACUUUGUGAGAUGCCGACCGACCGACAAUGUGCUGUCUUCAUUAUUAUUACUUAGGGUAACAGUGAUAGUGAGCUAGUACGGCAGCAGGAAGUGUUUUGUACAAAUUUACGACGCAUCUCCGCAUGAACGGCCCAGUUAACUUCAGCUGACGUCAACAGACUCUCGAGGAUCCAUCCUAGUCACCUCACGUGAGCCGACAUUCCUGAUUUGAAGCUUCACUGAUACGCCAACAUGUCUAACAUGGACUCUGUCAGAGUGCGGGUCUUUUCUCUGAACUGCUGGGGGAUCCGAUAUCUAAGCAAAUACUGUCCACAGCGCUAUGCCAUGAUUGGUGAAAUGUUGUGUAAGGAACAGCAUGAUAUUGUGUUACUGCAAGAGGUGUGGAGUGAGAAAGACUAUCUCUUCUUGAAAAAGAAACUUGCUUCUUGUCACCCUCACUCUCAUUACUUCAGAAGUGGCGUCAUAGGCAGUGGACUGGCCAUUUUCUCCAAACACAGAAUCCGCGACACAUUUCUUUAUCGCUACUCACUGAAUGGUUAUCCUUACAUGGCUCACCAUGGAGACUGGUUUGGUGGUAAAGCUGUUGGGAUGGCUAUCCUAAACCUCGGCAGCCUGACUGCAAAUGUCUAUGUCACUCAUCUGCAUGCAGAGUACUCCCGAGAGAAGGACUCUUAUCUACCUCACAGAGUGGUUCAGGCCUGGGAGCUGCAGCAGUUCAUUCGCCACACCUCUGCUGGUGCAGAUGUGGUCAUUGUUGGUGGUGACCUCAACAUGCACCCUCAGGACCUUGGGAACAGACUACUGAGGGCUUACACUGGACUGCAAGACUCUUAUUUAGAAACAGCUAAAUUUGAUGGAUGUGAGAAUGGUAUGACUCUUAUAGCAGACAACCCUUUUAUUAGUAAAAAGGAGCUUGUACCCUUUGAGAAGGGGAUUCGAAUUGACUACAUACUAUUUAAGGGUUCUUCAAAAGCCGACGUCCAUUGUGAUUCCAUGUCCACCACCAAAGGCUCCGUUCCCAACCAUCCUUUCCCAUACUCCGACCAUGAAGCUCUCACUGCUGAACUGAGGCUGGAGCUGCACACUCCGGCUGAAACAGGAAGUGACAGAAAAUUGAAGAAUAAGGACUCUACUACAGGGAAACUGGCUGAACUGGUUGACAUUGUGACUGAGGCCCGCACUGAAGUCAAAGUGGGCUUGCACUGUGCUGAGAGGAUGCGCUACACAGCAGCACGCACUGGAGUGAUGGGGCUGGCUCUGCUGUUCCUGGAGCUGGUCAUCGCCGCGGUGCCCUACUUAGCUCUGGGAGCAGAACAGCCUUUCCCUCGUACUUCCUUCUACCUGCUGGCUGUGCUGUGCUUUGCCAUCCUGCUGGCCACCUCCAUGUUGUACAUCUUUUACACAAUGGAGCUGAAAUCACUUCAGGGAGCUGAAGACCAGAUGAGGCUGGGUAUAGGUAGUCUGCAAGAGAAGCUUAAGGGCUUUUGUCUAGCUCAACUUCAUAAUCCCUCAGGAAGGCCCCCAGAGGUUCAGGAGCCCAGUGCCUUUGAGCCAGAGGAGUAAUGCAGAGGCCAAGUAUGUCAAAGUCGAAAAGGCGACUUUGAAGUCACUUUUAUAGUGAACAUGUGAGGAGCUUUGCUCCCCUGAAUAUUUUAGAUUUGGAGAUUUAUAUUCAUAUUGCAGAAUCAAUCAUAAGUGAAAUGCUUCUCUGAAAGUAGUGCAGGGCAUAUGCAUUGACAUUAUAUACUUUUAUAUAGAGCUCUGUAGGCUUUUAUUACACCUAGAUUUCACUUGAUGCACCUAGAAUAUACAAAUGUACUGUAAUGCUUCUGUGCUGUUAUGCUGAAGGUCAUUAAGUCUGACCAUUUGUGUUUUUUAGCCUCAGGUCCGAUUUGCAUUCCACCCACCAGUAGAUUCACCGGGACCAUUUUUUUCUUCCCUUUUUUGAGUUUAAUAAUCAACUGCACAGAGAUUAUGGUUCCAGGUUGUGUUUGACCGUGUCUUUAAUGUGUUAAAUACAUGAAGAAAGUAGCUCUGUGAUCUCCAUUGCAAUAGAAGACACAGACACUCGACAUGUAGAAGGUUUACAUUUCAGUCAGUAAUAUUUUUCCUCUACAACAGCACUUGUCAGGAUCCUUUGUACUGUAGAUAAAGGAACAAAGUCUGUCUGCACGUAUCAUUUGUCAUGCUCUCUGUUAUAGUGUCUUAAUCUUAAAGACAAUCUACACUCCUCUCAUAUGUAUAGAGUGAAAAUACUGAAAAUGUUCUGCUCUUGACUUUGACCUCUUUUGGACACAUUUUUGCAAAGCACAAUAUACCAUAGAAAAUAAAAACAGAAUACAUCAGUUAGUGUGCAGUGCACUUUGUUGAUUAACCUGGUAAACCACUUCCCUAUAGUUUUGCUAGGAGAUUGCUUAAUAUGUUACAUUGCUAAAAUACCAUGUUGUAACUCAAGAGUUUGAACGUUUACUGUCACCUCAGUGGAGAAGAAGCACUUCGCAGUUCUUAAGUUCAUUAUGGGCUAUAGAAUUUCAGAUACUUGAUGUUCAUUCCAACUGGAAACUGUGAUGGGCAUGAUCAUGAAAGCAAUAAUAAAGACUUUAUGCACAUGCUUAUGAACUGCUGUGGCUCUAUGUAGACCUGACAAGUCGUCACGAGAUGGCGUCUGACAUUUCAAACUAUAGUUUGUAUUCCCUGAGAUUCACAUAUUCACCACUAGAGAGCAGUCAAAGUACAGUACAGUGCCAGAACAGGUCUUUCU